AUGGCAGCACGCAAGGCGGCUCCGGGCGUGGCCGGAAAAUCGCCCGUGCCUGGCAUUGCUCAGGACGGCGAGCCCAUCGUGCUAGGCGCCGAUGACGGCGAGCAGCGCAAGGCAGUGCCGACGCUUAUCCGGUGGGCCGAGCCCGGCAGCAACGUGUAUGUGUCGGGGUCGUUCAUCGACUGGCAGUACAAGAUCAAGCUGCAUGAGAACGACGGCAUGCACGGCGUGGUGGUCGACCUGCCCGUGGGCACGCACUGCAUGAAGUUCAUCGUCGACGGCAAAUGGCGGUGCUCCAGCCGCUUUGUCAUUGCGCCCGACGAUGACGGCAACCUCGUCAACUUCUUCAAGGUUGAGGAUGUCAUUGAGGAGGCAGAGAUCGAGAAGGAAGACAACGUCGAGGGUCUUGACCCCUCCGCUAUGUCAAACUCACCGCCUGGCGAGUACGGCUCGGCUAUUCCCGACUUGGCUAAGCUGGCCCGCGACGCGUCUGCCAGCCGCCGCAACGAGCCGCCGCUGCUGCCACCCCACCUUAACCAGGUGCUGCUCAACAGCUCCGAGAUCCGCCGCGACGACCCGAAUGUCCUGCCCGUGCCCAACCACGUCGUGCUCAACCACCUGUACGCCUGCUCCAUCAAGGACAAUGUCAUGGCCGUUUCCAGCACCUCGCGCUACCGCGGCAAGUACCUGACCACAAUAUACUACAAGCCGGUGACCCCGCUCAGCUAG